AUGCAGAUUAUCUUCUCCUGGUUUCUGCUGUUGGUAAUAUUAUCAUCAUCAACCUUAGCUGAAUCAUCGACAUUCAUACAAGCGAAACCCGGUUGCAAGACAAAAUGUGGGAAUAUAAGCAUUCCAUACCCAUUUGGUAUUGGUGAUGGCUGCUUCAUUAAUCCAGCUGUUGUCGGAGGACAUUCUGGAUAUGAUAUUAACUGCAAUGCUUCAUAUGAUCCUCCCAAACCUUUCAUUCGAAAAGGUUCCUUGGAAAUUUUAAGUAUAUCAGGUACGGAAAUUCGCAUCAGAAACGAUCGGAUUGCUAGCUUAUGUUACGAUGAAUCUGGAUCCCCUGUUCUUGGAUCUACUUUGAGAGAUUUGAACUUGGUAGGGUCUGUGUUUACAGUAUCAUACACAAAAAACAGUUUCUAUGGAAUUGGCUGUGAAAUCAUUGCGAGAAUAGAAUGGGGUUCAUCCGGUGGUCGUCAAGCCAUUACAAGUACUAACUCAUCUUGCGAACCAAAAUGUAAGAGUAGGGAAAAUAUGAUGGAAGGGUCUUGCACUGGCACCAGCGGUUGUUGCCAGACAACAUUUCCGAAAAGCUUACAAAAUGUUUCUGUAGAGGUAUUGGCUCGGUUACCAUCAAAUGGUUUAAUUUCGUCUCCCAAUUCCUGCAACUUCGCGUACCUGGCUGAGCAAGGGCAGUACCCGUCUCAAGCGUCAGACCUUCUUCCUGAUGGAGGCUUACAUGCAGGUACUAAGGUCAUACCAGCGGUGCUCGAUUGGGCUAUAGGAGAUACGUCUUGUGAAGAAGCGAAAGCGAACUCCACAAUUUACACAUGCUUCAGUAAUAGUGAUUGUACUGAUGCGGUGAACAAUCUAGGAUAUCAUUGUACUUGCCGUAAUGGUUACGGAGGAAACCCUUAUCUUGAACCUGGAUGCGAAGAUAUAAACGAGUGUGAAGAUCAAACAAACAACCUUUGCGUAGGCAACUGUAUUAAUACAGACGGAGGUUAUAAUUGUUCCUGUCCACCCGGCAGUGACGGCAAUGGGAGGAAAGAUGGGACUGGUUGUACCAGCAAACGAAAAUUUCCAGUAAUAGGGGCAGCCCUUGGUAUUGGCUUCGGGUUAUUGGUUUUUGUUAUCGGAGUUUAUUCCAUAUACGUAAUUACUAAAAAGCGAAAGCUACUCAGAAGUAAAAAAAAGUUCUUUCAGCAAAACGGUGGACUGUUGUUAAAAAACCAAUUAUCUUCUCAAGAAGGUGGUAUAGACACAACAAAGAUCUUCACAGCAGAAGAGUUGGAACUGGCAACCAACGAUUAUGACGAAAAUCUAGUCCUUGGACGAGGUGGGUUCGGUACAGUUUUCAAAGGAACAUUAUUAGAUAAUCGUAUAGUUGCUGUUAAGAAGUCGAAAUUAGUUGAUCAAAGUCAGAUUGAGCAGUUUAUAAAUGAGUUUGUUAUACUAACUCAAAUUAAUCACCGAAACAUAGUGAAGCUCUUAGGUUGUUGUUUAGAGACAGAAGUUCCUUUGCUGGUCUAUGAAUACGUUUCAAAUGGUACCCUUUUUGAACAUAUUCAUCAGAGGGGCGAUAUGUCGGCAAUUUCUUGGGAAUGUCGUUUGACAAUUGCCACAGAAAUUGCAAAUGCUCUUUCAUAUUUACAUUCAGCAGCAUCUACACCUAUUAUUCAUAGAGAUAUAAAGUCUGCUAACAUAUUACUAGAUGAAAAAUACACUGCAAAAGUAUCGGAUUUUGGAGCAUCAAGGUUAAUUCCUUUGGAUCAGACUGGGUUAAACACAGUGGUUCAAGGCACAUUGGGUUAUCUGGAUCCAGAAUACUAUAAUACAAGCGAGUUGACAGAGAAAAGUGAUGUUUAUAGUUUUGGAGUAGUUGUAGUAGAACUCUUAACCGGAAGGAAACCUAUUUCUUUUGAGAGAUCUGAAGAAGAAAGGAAUCUAGUUACAUUUUUCAUUUCUUCAAUGGAAGUAAAUAAUUUGUCUCAACUUCUUGAGGAUCGCGUUUUUCAAGAAGGAAAGCCGGAGGAAGUACUUCUAGUUGCAAAGCUUGCAAUGAGAUGCCUUAGCUUAAAAGGAGCAGAUCGCCCUACAAUGACACAAGUCGCAAUAAUUCUUGAAGAAUUGAGAAGCUUAGAGACGAGCACACAAACUAUUCAACUAAGCCGUGAAGAUUCAAUAAUGAACAUGCAAUUUGCGCUUGAACGGGACCUCUAUAGUGUGCCGUUCAUGAGUUAUAACAGUAGUAUUUCGACUUCGGAUGAUUCUGCACACAGUAGCUUGAAGCAAAGUGUGGCUCUGGGUAGGGGAAACCCCCGAUAAGUGCAGGAAUAU